GCCCGCCGCGCAGGCGCCGUCCGAGGGCUCCGUUUGAAACAUGGCGCGGGCUGGCCCUCGGCUGGUGCUGAGCGAGGAGGCGGUUCGGGCGAAGAGCGGUUUAGGGCCUCACCGCGACCUGGCUGAGCUUCGGUCAUUGUCUAUUCCUGGAACUUACCAAGAGAAGAUUACCCACCUGGGACAUUCUCUGAUGAGUUUAACAGGUCUGAAAUCUUUGGAUCUCUCGCGCAACUCCUUGGUUAGUCUGGAGGGCAUUCAGUACCUGACUGCGUUGGAGAGUCUCAAUCUCUACUACAACUGCAUCUCCUCGUUGGCAGAGGUGUUUCGGCUCCACGCCUUAACCGAGCUCGUGGACGUGGACUUCCGGCUGAACCCCGUGGUGAAGGUUGAGCCUGACUACCGCCUUUUUGUUGUGCACCUGCUCCCCAAGCUCCAGCAGCUGGACGAUCGCCCCGUGAGAGAGAGCGAGCGGAAGGCUUCCCGACUGCAUUUUGCAUCAGAGGACUCACUCGACUCCAAAGAGAGCGUCCCAGCUUCUUUGAAAGAGGGCAGACCGCACCACCCCAGAGCCAAGUGCACCGAGGCCUUGGCCAAGCAGAGCCUGGUCAUGGAUGUGGAUGACGAGGCAGUCCUGAACCUCAUUGCAGAGUGCGAGUGGGACCUCGGCAGGCCUCCCGGGAGCACGAGCUUCAGCCAGAAGGGGCGUGAGGCCGACUCUCGUGGUUCCCAAGAAUCCAGACAUCUGUUGAGCCCGCAGUUGGUACAGUACCAGUGUGGAGACUCUGGGAAGCAGGGCCGUGAGACGAGGAGGAGCAGCUGCAGAGGGUGCUGUCUGGAGAAGACGCCUUGGAGCCAGCUCUGUGGAGAGCUUCCGCCACCCUACGGAGCGGAGCCGGAGGCCUCCCGUGCCCCCGGGCCACACGCGUACUUCACCCCACACCCAGACUCCGUGGAUACCGAGGACUCGGCCUCUUCUCAGAAGUUGGAUAUGUCAGCAGAAAUGGUGCCUGGUCCCCUGCCAGCCCCCGGAAAGUGCAGGAAGCGAAGAAUGCCUGUUGGAAGAUUACAGACGUUUUCGGACCAGGAGGGUUUGGGCUGCCUGGAGAGAACUCAUGGGUCCUCCGUGCCCGAGGAGAGCCUGAGAAGACAGGACAACUCAGAAAGCAGGAACGGGAGGACCUUGUCUCAGCCUGAGGCCUUGGAGACUGAGGAGCAGAGGUCUCGGGGUGUGACCGACACCAGAGAGCCGUCUCCCGGGUCACACUUGGCUCUACCCGGGAAGAAGACGGCCCUGCAGGCGGCACUCCUGGAGACGCUCUUGGACCUGGUGGACAGGAGCUGGGGCGGCUGCAGGUCCCUGCACAGCAACGAGGCAUUCCUUGCUCAGGCAAGACACAUCUUGUCAUCUGUUGAAGAAUUCACAGCAGCUCAGGACGGCUCUGCGAUGGUGGGUGAAGAUGUCGGCUCCCUGGCUCUGGAGAGUAAGUCCCUGCAAAGCCGCCUUGCUGAGCAGCAGCAGCAGCACGCCCGGGAGAUGAGCGAGGUGACGGCGGAGCUGCACCGCACACACAAGGAGCUGGAUGAUUUGAGACAACAUUUAGAUAAAUCUUUGGAAGAGAACAGUAGGUUAAAAUCGCUUUUGUUGAGUAUGAAAAAGGAAGUGAAGAGUGCAGACACUGCAGCCACGUUAAAUUUGCAGAUCGCUGGACUUCAAACAAGUGUGAAGAGGCUGUGUGGCGAGAUUGUGGAACUGAAGCAGCACCUGGAGCACUACGACAAGAUCCAGGAGCUCACGCGGAUGCUGCAGGAGAGCCACAGCUCCCUGGUCAGCACCAAUGAACACCUGCUGCAGGAGCUGAGCCAGGUGCGGGCGCAGCACAGAGCCGAGGUGGAGCAGAUGCACUGGAGCUACCAGGAGCUCAAGAAGACCAUGGCCCUGUUUCCGCACAGCAGCGCCAGCCAUGGAGGCCGCCAGGCCUGCUGACUCCUGCCAAGAAGCUGGGCCGCCCCUUAAGCUUCCUGGUUUACUAGAAAUUCCCAACUGUUCCAAAGUGGUGGUACCCGCAGGCCCGACUGCUAGUUGUGUAUGACCACGUCUGCCGGUCCACGUUUUCAGCACCCAUUGCCUGAAGUGUUAGCACCUUCACUCCGGUGGGUGUGGGGUAGCGGAGGGAGUGGGGUGGCGGAGGGCGCGGGGUGGCGGAGCGUGUGGGGUAGACCUCUUUCUGGUUUCAUUGGCUUCUCCUUGUUCAGCACCUUCUCGUGUCUGUGGCUCAUCGGGAUUUCCUGUUUGUAAAGUACCUAUUCAAGUAUUUUCCCUACUUUUCUAUUGGAUGGUCUGUCUCAUUUAUUUGCAGGUGUUAUUUAUGAUUCUGGGUAGUAGUGCUUUGUGAAUUACAUUUGCAAAUAGCUUUUCUUGUCUUUUUACUUUAAUGGUGUCUUUUAAGAGAAAUUUUAAACUUUAAUAUGGCCCAAUGUAUCAAUAUUUUCUUUCAUGAUUAAAGCAUUUUGGAUCCUAAUUUUUAAUAAUCUUUACUUUGCCUUGAUCAUAAAGAUACUCUAUUACCUUCCAAAGGAUUUUAUAGUUUUGUAUAUUUUGGAUUUUAGAUAUAGAUUCUAUCCAGAAUUGAUUUUUGCGCCUGUUGUGAAGCUUAAGGAUCCAGUUUCAUUGUGUUGCAGACAUAAGCCCAGUUUUCCCAGUCCCGGCUGCUGAAGAUUCCUUUGUCAGGAUGAUCUCUGUGUCCGUUUCUGCAUCUCCUUGUCUGUCUCUGCCAAUACCACACACUCUAGGGCGCGUACCUCCAUCUUAUGUUAGGAUGUCUUGGCUGUUUUUGACCCUUUGUGUUUCAUACAUUUUAGAACUAGCCGGUUGAGUUGGGAUUUUGUUUGGGAUUGUAUUGAACCUGUAGAUCAACUUGCGAAUCAUUGACAUACUUGUAAUACUGGGUUUUACAAGCCCUGAACAUGGUAUCUGUCUCUCCAAAUGUUAGGGCUCCUUCAGCGGGUGUUAAUACAGCCUGAUACUUUUCAUAGUGGUCUUGUAUGUCUUUUGUUACAUUUAAUCCUAGGUCCUUGUUAUUUUGCCAUGCUGUUUUUAAAAAUGUGCUUGGAUUUCAUUUUCCUAAUUAUGUGUUGCCAUUUCAUGGAAAUUCAUUUUUGUGUGUUAAUUUGUAUCCAGCAAUCUAGUAAUUUUAAUCAUUUGCCUGUAGCUGUUUCCUCAUUUUUAGGCACACAGUCAUGUUUUCUAUGAGUAAUGGGUUUUCUUUCCCAUUCCUGUUGUUCUGGAUUUUUACUUUAUGUUUUUAUUUUUGUUUUGUUUUUUGCUUUUCUACACUAGUCGGAACCCCUAGUGCAGUGCUGAUUAGAGGUGGUAACAGAGUGGGCAUCGUUGUCUUCUUCCUGAUAUUCAAAGGGGUGAUAAAUUCUCACCAUUUAUCCACUCACUUGUAAUAGAUUUUUUUUGUUUGUUUUAAAGCUUCUUCUAUCAAUAAUUCGCCUCAAGAAUGGAUGACUUUUAUCACUUUUUCUGCAGUGAUUGAGAUGACCACGAUUUUUAUCAUUUAAUAUAUUGAUGUGUUUAACGACCAUAAUUUGCUUUUGUUAAAAAUAAACCUUGAAUUUCUGAGAUAAGUCCAACUUAAUAAUUAUGGAUUUUCUUUUACAUACAUAUUGUUAUAUUUGGUUUGUUAAUAUUUUGUUUAGCAUUUUGUCGCCCAGCUAUACCACCUACCACCUGUGUUUGGGCCCUGAUUUCCUCAUCUGUAAAAUGGGGAAAUAGUGGCUUCCUCACAGGAUUGUUGUGAAGGUGAAAUGAGUUAGUAUGAAUAGGACUCUCGGGCAGCAUCUGGUGCGUCCUGAGCACUGGGUAGCUGCGUGCUCUAGUACAGUGGUUAGUAUCUCUCUUCACGGGUGACAGCCACUUACGAUUUUCCUUUGUAAUGCUGUUCUUGAAAGGAUUCGCAUCUUUACACCACCAUAAAAUGAACUAGGUUGUGUAUUCUUUCUCCAUUCUCUAGGAGAAUUUACUUAAGAUUAUAAUUAUUUCUUCCAUGGAUGUUUGAUGGAACUUGCUGGUGAAGUCACUUGUGCCCGGAACUUUCUUUGUCAGGAGGUUUGACUACUGAUCCAGUAUAACUCAGUGUUCCAGGAUGUGGCAGAACCGUUCACACAGACCAUCCUUAUGUCCCCCUUGCCUUUACGCUGCAUAUCCCUGAGUUGGGCUGGGGCCGUGUGACUACUGAGCAACAGCCUGUGUGUGGGACUGAGGUGAGUCAUUUCAGGGCCAGAGCAGCGGGAGCUGGUGUGUCACUUUGAUAGCUUCCCUACCAGUGACCUGGGCAGCUGCAUCACAGGAUUAGGAAGCCUGUUUGUCUUCUGUUAGAAGAGAUCUCUUGUUAUUCCUGAAGUUGGACGUUGUGUGAGUAAUACAUUUUGUGUGUCCAGCCAAUGAAGUGUUAGGGGUUUUCUUUUGUAGCUGGCAGUGACUUCCCCUAAGUCACAGGGCUGAGCAGGCUUUCCAUUUCUUUUGGAGUUAGUUUUUGUAAGUUAUGUGUCUCUAAGAAUUGGUCCAUAUUGUCUUAAUUUUCCAUUUUGGGGGGUAUAACACACAUAAUUUGAAUGGCUUCAACAUUUGAAGUUGUGUGUGUCCCUGUGGCAGAGAUGUAGGGACAGUUGUGUCCCUUCAAGCAAGACCUUGCCAUCCAGGGGCAGGGAGUACAGGGGUACAGACCAUCUCCAGCCACCAUGCUGUCAGGCUGUGCCUGGGCUCUGGAGCUGAGGACACACUCAUCCAGGCAGCCGCAGCCAGUGUCCAAGCAGGCAGGGCCUGGGCCUAAUGCGAACCACAGGGAGCUCCCUAGCAGGCCAUCUCCAGAGCCUCCCUGAGGCCUCUCGGCCUCCUCCCCUUGUUGCUGUUCAGGGGCAUUCCUCACUAGUGAGCCUCUUGUGAUACAAAGGCCACCUCAGCAUCUGCCUCCCGGGGACUCAGCCCAUUCUUGGCCAUUCUUCAUAUUCGUUAUUUGAACUUUCUCUUCAGUCCUUUCAAAAAAACACCCUUUGCCUCCAUUUUCUUUUCAAUUUCUGAUCUGAUCUAUCAUUAGCCAUGCUGAAAUUACAAAUAAAU